CUAAAAGAUACGGAAAACAAUGUAAACAUUGUUCGUGGUAUUGCAGAAAUUGUCUCAACCCCAUCGUGUUUUUGGCUAGCAGGAGGACGCUAUCCAGCUAGCUAAUGCGAGACCUCUGUGAGGCCACUGUGUACUGGGAUGCUGCCCAGAAAAGGGUGAUCCUGAAGGAGGGGGUGAAGGAGACACAGGGCGGUGCUUAUGGUUACUUCAACGAUACGCUGCACCUCACAGGAUGGGGCAUCUUGGAGAUCUGCGCCGGUUAUGGAGGAGUCCAACAAGAGGAUGAGACUACAUUCUUUCUGACGGGUUACCUUGAAGGCUACCUAACUGCUGGAUGGAUUUUUAAUCAUUACUACAAUAUGUAUUCCCAGCUAAUAAAGGAUGAGAAGGUUUUGGAUCCCUUGAAAAGAUUUUUAAGCAAACAGGACCAAUGGGCAAGAGAGCAAGUGAUGCUGAGGAAGAACAGUGACUCCCUAUGGAAACAUUUGGGACUGAUUCUGGCCCAACUAGACGGUAUCAUUGCCGGAGCUGGACAGUGGGCUAAAGGAAAACACGUAGCUCCUCUGUCGACAUUUGCUAUUCAGUUUCUGAAUAGCGUCGGUGACCUCCUGGACCUUGUCCCUGCGCUGACACCUCGCCCCAGCUCUGCCGGCCCCACUGCUUUCAAGAUGCCGGGAAUGGGCCACUGCACGGCACUCAUAAAGGUGACAUCUGGCUUUGAGAACCUGCUGCUGGGUCACUCCAGCUGGUACAAUUACGGGGCCACCAUGCGCAUCUAUAAACACUGGGACCUCAGGGUGUCACACGCAGCCACUGGAAGAAUGUCGUUCAGCAGCUAUCCUGGCUUCCUUACAUCACUGGAUGACUUCUACCUGCUCGGGAGCGGCCUGCUGAUGACUCAAACCUCGAUCAGUGUCUUCAACGCCUCCUUGUUUUUGCAGCUCAGCCCUCACAGUCUGUUGGCUUGGCAGAGAGUGCGCCUGGCCAACAGCUUGGCACACAGUGGCGAGGAGUGGGCGCGUAUCUUCUCGAAAUACAACUCAGGUACGUAUAACAGCCAGUACAUGGUGGUGGAUCUGGGGAGGUUUUCACCUGGACAUAGUAUCAGGACUGGAGCUUUGACCGUUGUGGAGCAGAUUCCUGGCAAAGUGAUCCACACUGACCAGACCCAGGCAUUACGUGGAGGGUACUGGCCAUCCUACAACAUUCCGUUUCAUGUUGACAUCUACAAGCUGAGCGGGUACGAUGUGAUGUGGAGGAGAUACGGAGAAGAUUUUUCCUACGACCUUUGUCCCAGAGCCAAAAUCCUCCGCAGGGACCAGGCCAAAGUGUUUGACCUCAGGUCCCUCAAGCGCAUCAUGAGAUACAACAACUACAAAAGAGAUCCUUAUGCCAAGGGCCAUCCGUGCAAAACCGUUUGUUGCCGUAACGACCUGCGACCAAGGAGGCCACGCCCUGAUGGAUGUUAUGACACUAAGGUGACUGACUACCAGAUGGCUCUCCAGUUGGUCGCAGAGGCAGUCAACGGCCCCACAACACAGGGGGGUCUGCAACCAUUCUCGUGGAACUCCUUCAACCUCACCGCCCACGAGGGUCUUCCUCACAUGUACAACUUUUCCUUUGUCACCAUGAAACAUGCUCUCCAGAGGCCCUAAUCAUACCUCUUCU